CCCUGUUUAUUCCGCACUACGACUGCAAAUCAUGCACUCAGAUUUACUUAGCUUAUACUUAAAAUUUUAUUGUUUACCCGUCGUCUUUUGCUUUUAGUGGCAAUUAAUGUGAAUUAUCUGUACGAUGAUUAGGUACGACCGUGGCGUACAUUUAUAAUUCGAAGUGCGUUUUGCCUCUCUUUUUUUACACGACUCUAGAAUGCUCACGCUAAUGAUCUAUCUCAUUGCAAUUCAAAAGUUUGUUUUUACAACCCCGUGCCGUCGUUCGGAGUUUGCAUGCCAAAACCACCAAUGCAUCGGUUUGGACCGGUAUUGCAAUGGAAUUGAGGAGUGCGAAGAUCGAAGCGAUGAACCUCCGAAUUGUACACCCUGCAAUUUGACUUAUUACGGCGACGUUGGGUACACCUACGAACUGGAGGUGAAGCAUCCUCGUGACAAUCAAAUCCCGUUCCUCUGUUUUCUCAAUUUCACCGCUGGCGGAGGCUCGUUAGGGGACUUGGUUCAGCUGACGUUCGAGUCUUUUGCCGUUGGGACAUUCGAGUCGUUUACCUCAGACGGCUGCCCCGACGGUUACGUUUCCGUGAGGGAAUUGGGACGUCCAAAUUCGGCUGGAAAAUGGUGUGGAAGUGCUUGGGGUUAUACAGUUUAUUAUAGCGAAACAUCGAGUGUUAAUCUAACGUUACACUUGGAGCGAUUACCGCAACAGCAGACGUCCGGGUACAGCUUUGAAUUCAAAUUGUCCUAUAAAUUCCUGCGGAUGCGAGAGGCACGCAUUCGCUACGGAAAUGGAACACAAAGAUCAUAUCGUGGCAAACUUCAUACAGGAACGUAUUGUGAUCGCUUAUUAGAUGGAUGUAGUCGGCGGCCGUGUCGAAUUCAAUCCCCGAAUUAUCCCGGCAUAUAUCCCCGGAACGUGACAUGUCACUAUCGCAUAAGGGAUAAACAUGCACCUCCCGGAAAACACGCACUGAUCGCAGUCCGCCAAGCGAAUAUACCAUACAAAGAGCAAACGCCCAAGUUUUCCACAAACGAGCGCGUUUUCAGGAUAUGGGAUCGAUGCAACGUGAUGCAGGAUUACAUCGAAAUAACCGACGGCCUCGACGAUUCCGCUCCCACAUUAGCGCAUCUGUGCAGCGGAGAAACCGUUUUGGAAAUCGUAAGCAGUGGCCCAGAAAUGCUCGUUAAAUUUCAUACAUCUCCGUAUGGAAAUCCAUUUCAUCCAUUACCCCUUUCGUAUUUGCCCGGAUUCGAAUUGGAAGUCGAGGUAUUUUAUGUGAAAAAAGAAUCGCCGGCGUACGUCGAGCACGGAAAAAAAUGCGAAUUUAUCCUAACGACUUUCGAUAACUCCUCUGGAUUACUGGAAAGCCCUCGCCAUUCGUUACCUCCCAACACAACCUGUCACUAUCACUUUAGAGGGCAACCUCAAGAGGUUGUAUGGAUUUCUUUUAUAAAAUAUCACGUCACCGGCGAGAGAUUGGGAGAUUACGAUAAGGGAGAUUGUGACGUACAACUACGCGUUUGGGAUGGAGAUUUAAAAGCAGACGGCGACGCCGUACCGCUUAUUGGCCAAUUUUGUAAAGACGAUAAACCGAAGUUAUGCGACCAUUCUCUCUUAAGUAAUUCGACGAGAUUAACGAGACCUUGCGGAAUAUCCGAGAGUUACGUAUCAUCCGGACCCGAUCUCACCAUUGCUCAUUCGAUACGUUAUGGCAACGUUUUGUAUCCUGUCAGUUUCAUUUUAAGAUACGAAUUCGUCGAUUUCUCUCAGGAGGGUAGUCAAGUAUCAAAUCCGUGCAAUAGAAUAUUUACGGCGCCUACGGGGAAGUUUUAUUCGCCAAAAAUAACAUUCUUAUACGGAAGAGGUGGGCAACAGAAUUUAAAUUGCGCUUACCAUUUCGAAUCGAAUGAAAAGCAAGGGUUGAAGGUAUCGUUCCAUAAAGCUAGAUUUGGCAAUAAAAGUUGCUCCUCGAAGUUUGAUCCCGAGAGCAGCCGGUGGAAAUGUCACGUUUACGAUUCGGAUAUUGAUGGAAUUGCCCAGAUACAACUUCUGGAGUAUCCCUGGCCGGGUAUCGAAAUUCCUCGCGAUUGCCUUUGCGGCAACGUAUCAGAGCCCGUUUUUAUUUCGACGAAGACCGCCAGAAAAGUGGUCAUCAAUUUUAUUGUGACCAAUAUGAACAUUACAGAGGAUUACAGCGAUUACUUCUUCGACGCCACCUACGAAUUUAUAUCCUUGCAGUCGGAAAAUUCGUGUGUCAAUCCCUGGCAGAGCAGAAGACUUCGUGGAUCUAGCGGUGAAAUUACGGUACGAAACGUGGUCCAAAGCACGGAGACGAUUGAGAACGUAAAUCAAACGAUGCCGCUCUGCGUACACCAGCCUUGGUUAAUCGAGCCGGAAGACUCCUACAAUAACUUCAUUUACCUAAAGAUCAAGGGAGCGGAACUGAAAAAUGACACGAAGUGUCCCACCAAGAACAGAAUCCUAGUGUACGCGCCAUCGCGCGCGAACUUUAUGCACGUUAUUUGCCCUUCUUAUUACGAUUCUGCCCACCGCGUCGUUGAAUUAUUUUCGGAAGGCUGGAGUUUGUUCUCCUAUCGUUACAUGCAGACGGAAAACUCACGAAGCUUCGUAAUAGAGUUCCUGCAACGUGAGCCGGGAAAUUUCGCCGUAAAUUGGAUGGAAGUAUCAAAGAAUCCCGCUCUAACUCUACCCACGUCUCUACUUAUGAUCAGUCCACCCGACUGUCCACACAGUUGUCCCGAGCUCGGCGCCUGCAUCAGCUCCGACCUUUGGUGCGAUGGUCUACGCCAUUGCCCCUCCGGAAACGACGAGCACGAAAUCAAUUGCUCACUGCACGGCGGUUUUCCGGUGUCGCCGAUUGUUUCGGCGAUCGCGCUGGCCAUCCUGGCCACGGUAAUAAUAUCGAUAAUAUCGUUCUGUUACUGUUGGAGGUACUGGAAGCGCGAACAGAAAGGAACCAUCAUUUCCGUUACCGAACAUACCUUUCUAGAGUUUAAGAACGGUCUCUGCUAAGACAUGGAAGUUUUGUUCUAGUUACUAAUCUAAGCUUCACUUGUGAUGUAAAUUUUUUUUAAGGAUGGUGCUCGGAAACUAUUUUGUCUACUCUUGUCCAAGAAUUUGCCAAGUAAAUUUAAGUGAGAUUUUUUUUGCACUUAGCACUCAGUUAGGUACAACGAUUUUCACCGUUCGUUUUUCAAAUUACUGAAUAGUGUGAUUUUGAUUACAAACAAGGGCUAUAAGUAGGGGGCUGUUAACUCGAUAUACCUAUUUUUGACUUGCAUCUAAUUUUGUAGUUAGUGACUAAGAAAAGAGCUUUGGAAUAUGUAUAGUACAAGGCAAAAUAUCGUGCAAUGACUGACAAUAUUGUAUAUCUGUUGUAUAUCUACAAAGUUUUUAUGGUAAUCGGUAGGAAUAAAGUACGUAAUU